AUGCCUGGUACCACGAGGAAAUAUAAAUCCAGAAAAACACAAAACAUUCUGAAUAGCUCUCUAGGAAGAAACAGCAUUAUUGAGAAAGUUAUAAUAUGCAUGGAUGUAUGCACCAAAAGAGCAGGAGAUCUCAAAGAGGCUGCUUUUGACUUCAAAAUGGGAUCCCUUUCUAAAUCAGUUGCUGAAUUUUGCCUUGAUCUUUUCCAUGAGGUAAAUAAAAUUGAUCCUAAGAAAAACAUCUUCUCACCUAUGAGUAUCUCAGCUGCCUUGGCCAUGGUUUUCUUGGGGGCCAAAGGUAACACUGCAGCACAGAUGGAAAAAGUGCUUCUCUUCAACAGAGCUUCAGGAAGUCAAGAGCCUAUGGCUAGGCCUUCUUCUGAAUGUGGGGCUGAAGGAACUGAGCUGGAACAUCACAGUGAAAGUGAGUAUCAGCCAUACUCUUCCCUCCCAAAGAACUACAUUGACUGCACUAAGGAACUCUAUGGAGCAAUACCGCAAACAGCCGACUUCAAGAAUGCCACUGAAGCAGCCAGGCAGAAGAUUAACUCCUGGGUUGAAAGCCAGACACAAGGCAAAAUCAAGGAACUCUUUAUCCCUGGUAUCAUUAUGACAAUAACUGUAUCGGUGCUGGUAAAUGCAAUUUACUUCAAAGCAAAUUGGAACUACAAGUUUGACAAAACUAAAACAGUGAAAAGAGGCUUUAGGCUGAACCAGAAUGACAAAAAAUUUGUGCAGCUGAUGUAUCAGCAAGGCAGAUUUAAAAUGGCCCACGUACAAGAGAUCAACGCUCAAAUUCUUGAACUCCCUUAUAAUAAAAAAUCACUGAGUAUGAUCAUACUGCUACCAGAUGACAUCACCGAUAGAGAUAAUGGCCUGAAAAAGAUUGAAAGGACAAUGACUGCUGAGAAAUUAACGCUUUGGACCUCCUCAGAAAGCCUGAUGGAGAGAAAAAUGGAGGUGUAUCUUCCAAGGUUCAAACUUGAGGACAUGUUUAAUCUCAAAUCAUCUUUAAAAGAAAUGGGGAUGACUGAUGACUUUGCUGAGUUAAAAGCUGAUCUUUCUGCAAUAUCAGGAACCAACUCUCUAUAUAUGUCAGAGGCUGUUCACAAGACCUAUGUGGAGGUUUAUGAGGAGGGCACUGAGGCAGCAGCAGCAGCCACAGGAGCAGUCAUUAACCAAAGAUCCUUGCCAUCUAGUGAACUAUUUAUGGCUGAUCACCCUUUCUUCUUCUUUAUCCGGCACAAUCCCAUCAAUACCAUACUCUUCUUUGACAAACUGUGCUCUCCUUAAAAUCAAAGUACAUCUUUUGUUUUUUACUACAGCCAGGGACAGAUGGAACAAUAUUGAACUGCAGCCUGACAUGAAAUAUUAAGGGAAAAGUUUAUUUUCUCAAUACUUUUCUAAUCCUUUGACAUUCAAACUAGAAAUGAUGAUGAUAGCUCCUUCAAUCCCUUUCAUAGGGGCCAUAGACUUAGGGUCCAUUCUGCUUCCACAUCCCAGAAUUCCUCCUGUAAUGUAAUGUAGGCCAGCAGUUCACAAAUGUUAAGAGCUCUCUGAAAGUCAAAAAAGGUACAUGGUAUACCACCCAAAUGCUUAUAUUCACUACAUUUGUAGCUAAGUCUUACUACUUUGGUCAGGGGCAGAUCCAGGAUUUCCCAAAGCAGGGUUCAGAAUCAGUACCCCACACUGCAGGGGUAUCUGUAGUCCCCUGCUCCCAACCUCCUCCUCUCCUCCGGUGCCAGUGCUGCAGAAACCUCUGGAGUCUUUUUUGAAGUCCCUAAAGCAAAUGAAAAUU